CACUCGUACACUUUCACUGAUAUUUCGGCUGGUUUCUUUGGAAAGGCACAGAACGCGUUCGUAAAGCACAGCGAUCGCUUGAUCUACAGGGUUUUUGACCUGGAGCAAGAGACCGAAGCACAGGAUUUUGAAGUAAACAGUUACAACCUCACCAUCGCGGCAAAUGUCCUGCACACCACCAAGUCCCUCGAGAAGUCACUGCAGCGUGUGCGUCGUUUGCUAAAACCUGGUGGCUCGGUGAGCAAGACGGCUGGUCUUGGGGCGCGCUGGUCGACCGAACUGUGUGGGAGAGACUUCUGCGGAUACAGGCUUCAAUGGAUUUGA